AUGGUUAAAGUGACUGUUAAACAAAAUGCUAAUAAAAUGGUUGCACAAACACCUGGAGCCUGGGUUAUAACUGGUGGAACAAACACUGGUGUCAUGAAACAAGUUGGUGAAGCAUUACAAGGAACUUCAAAAGCGUGCAUAGGAAUUUCAACAUGGGGGAUUAUUACCAAUGCAAACAAAUUGAUUUCUGCAGGAGACAAGUUUGGAGGAGGAGUUGACUACCAAGUUGCAUGCAGUUUGGUUCAGAGAGGUGCAUUUUUAGAUCACAAUCACACUCAUCAUUUAAUGGUCGAUGAUGGUUCUAUCGGAAAGUAUGGUAAAGAAAUACCUUUAAGGUCAAGACUUGAAGAGUAUAUUAUGAAAGAAGUUCAUGUACCAUCUGUUCUAAUGGUAAUAGAAGGUGGGCCUGGAACACUUGACACUGUUCUUGCAGCUUUAAUGAAGGAACCUCCUCUAUCUGUUGUUAUCAUUGUUGGUAGUGGUCGUGCUGCAGAUUUAUUAGCUUAUACUUAUAACAGGGUUGUUGAUAUAGAUGCUGUAUACAAUGUCUGUGAUAAGUUAUUAUUUAAUAAACUACUUGAUCUUCUGCCUGAGUUGCAAUCUCAAACUAAAGAAAGGCAAAUGGAUUUUUAUAAAGUUGUUUUAAACUGCAUGAGGAAGAGAGAUUUUAUCUUGAUUCAAUUUAUUACGAUAUCUCCUGCCAGUUCCUCUACCACCUUCAUCCAUGAUGAAUCUAACAUUCAUCCUGAUGAUUCUAACAUUCAUCCUGAUGAUUCUAACAUUUAUCAUGAUUAUUCUAACAUUCAUCAUGAUGAUUCUAUCAUUCAUCAUGUUGAUUCUAACAUUCAUCAUGAAUGA